GGUUCUGCGCAAGAGUUUAGAGUAAUAAGGCAGCGAAAGCAGCCGCCGUUGACACUGGCCUAUUGUUGAGUUUUUCAGAGUCUCGAUUAUCGUGCGACCCGCAGUAGUAUUAAUAUUGUUUAAACAAUCGUUGGCGCGUACUUAAAUAUAAAGUGACGGGUGUCGGGUGAAGUGAUAUCCAACGGUGCGUAAUUAUAUCGCGUUAAAAGGUGAAGAUAUUGGCGGCCGAGCAGGGGGGGGGAGGAGGAGGAGGAGGAGGAGGAGGCGGAGAAGGAGGACGAUAGGCGGCUAAAUUCGCAAGGCCAUUUAGCUAAACACGAUGUCGUCGCCGCCGACGUUCAUUGCGAGGAAAACAAAACAACCUGCGUCAGGUGGGUCUCGUUAGAAAAUGGCAGUUAUUAGGGAAGUAAGAUUCGUCCAUGGUAGAGUACCGACGUUUUCGUACACGACACCGUCCCGUGGUAAUGGUAAUGACCAUUCAAACACCAUGUCGCAGGGAUACUCAGGCAACAACGCCGAUUUGAGUGAUUUCGAAGACUGUUACCUCGAGACGGAUCCCCUCAGAUACGAGUUGAAAAAUAUCCAGAGUGUCAUCCAUGUCACGAGGCAGAACAUCGAUGCGCUCAAUAACAAGUUCGCCGGCUUUCAACACCCGCCUCCGAUCUACCUCACCGAGUAUCAGGAACUCACCAGCAAGCUGCACGAGCUCGAAUCCAAGGAACAGAAGCUCAACGAGCUCCUGAACUCUACCGCUAGUGUUAACAUUGACUACGAGGUUCAGACACCAUCCAGACAACCAGACCCGAGAACCCCGCUGAAGUCUUUGCUACGCGCUCAUCUACCCAAUCAGCAACGCACCAGCGUCCAAGUCAAAGAGGGACUUUCGCUCAGAGACGCCCUCGCCAAGGCGAUGAAGCUGCGAAAUCUUACGCCGGAAAUGUGCGUGGUCUAUGUAAUAGGACACAACGAUACCAAGAUACCGAUUCCCUGGGACACGGACAUUUCGUCUUUGGAAUGCGACGAGAUAUCGGUCGAGAUAUUGGAUAAAUUUCCUAUAACGACUUCUAUAUCGCACAAUUUUGCUAGAAAGACAUUUUUCUCAUUGGCGUUCUGCGAAUUCUGUAGAAAACUUCUCUUUCAAGGAUUCUAUUGCCGGACUUGUAACUACAGAUUUCAUCAACGAUGUGCCGGCGGUGUUCCGGCGCUGUGUCAUCAGGUUCGCAUGCAAGAUGCUUACUACCAGGCUCUUCUGGCUCACAACCCCGAAACUACUGCCGGAAUACUCCAACUUCCAUCUGGCUAUGGUCUAAGUCGAAGCAUGUCUCCGUCUCUGGCUCCUGUCAGAAGUCACAGACAUCCCAGAACCUUGGGGCAGCAAGAUCGCUCCAGUUCCGCUCCCAAUGUCUGCUUCAACAUGGUUAAACCAGGGAGCGAUCCCUCGUCUCUCGAGGAUUACACCAGAUCUCAAAGCCUGGGUAGGCCGGUUGGUAACACUCAGAGUCCGGUUUCACCUGGAAGCAGCCCGACCAAGCACAGUCAAUCGACUCAGGCGAGUCCGACGAGUACGUUGAGGCCAAAACGGCCAAGGGCAAGGUCGGCUGACGAAUCUUCGAAAAAUUUAUUGGCCCCCAGAGAGUCGAUCGAAGACUGGGAGAUUCCGGCCGAUGAAAUAUUGGUGGGACCUCGCAUCGGUUCAGGAUCGUUCGGGACGGUGUACAAAGCUCAUUGGCACGGUCCGGUGGCUGUGAAAACUUUGAACGUUAAAAUUCCAACACUGGCUCAACUCCAGGCAUUUAAAAAUGAAGUUGCAGUGCUCAGGAAAACUCGUCAUGUUAAUAUACUCCUGUUUAUGGGUUGCGUCAGUAAACCCCAGCUCGCCAUAGUAACUCAAUGGUGCGAGGGAUCGUCUUUGUACAAACACCUCCAUGUUUUUGAAUCCAAGUUUGAACUUUUGACACUUAUCGAAAUUGGCAGACAGACUGCACAGGGUAUGGAUUAUCUACACGCAAAGAACAUCAUUCAUCGGGAUUUGAAGAGCAACAAUAUAUUCUUGCACGACGACUUGACUGUGAAGAUUGGUGAUUUUGGACUGGCAACAGCGAAGACAAGGUGGUCUGGAUCUCAGCAAUUUCACCAACCGACUGGUUCCAUUUUAUGGAUGGCACCCGAGGUUAUCAGAAUGCAGGAAGAAAAUCCCUACAGUUAUCAGUCCGACGUUUACGCUUUCGGAGUGGUACUUUUCGAACUGCUUACCGGACAGUUACCUUAUUGUAACAAUAACAACAAAGAUCAAAUUCUCUUCAUGGUUGGGAGGGGCUACCUGCGUCCUGAUUUGAACAAACUCAGAUCGGACACUCCGAAGGCUUUGAAACGCCUGACGGAAGACUGUAUAAAAUUUUCCAGAGAUGAAAGACCGAUAUUUAGACAAAUUUUAGCUAGCUUGGAAGGUUUGAUUCAGGGUUUGCCUAAGAUAACCAGAUCAGCUUCGGAACCAAAUUUAAAUCGAACUCAAUUGCAGACGGAUGAUUUCCUUUACGCCUGCGCUUCACCUAAAACGCCUGUCAACUUUCAAUUCGGAGCAUUCCCUUUUUACCCAUCGGGCGGGAACAUAUAAUGGACAUUACUUUGAAUUUUCACCGUUGGCAUAUAAAAACAUAAUAGGAUGCAUUAAAGAAAAAGAAACAGAAUUGAAAAGAGAAAAAUUUGAAAAAAAAUUAAGCUGCGAACAAUCUACGUAGUUACUUCCUGUUGUUUUUGUUUGGUAUAAUAUCAAAUAUACGAUAGGACACGAACAAAUUGUAUAAUCUUAACCAAAAUAGUAUCGACCUGACAAACAUGAGAAAGAAACACUGUUGUGCUCUAAUAAACCAACUACUCUUAUUAUAUAAAUAAGACGAAAAAAUCCACCAUUAUAUGAUUAGAUAAUAUAUGUUGAUGAAUUGUGAACUGUGUAUGGUACUUUAAGAGGUAUGGUAAAUUGUGCGUGUUAUUCAAUAUCUGCUCUCAUAUUUAUAAUAUCUAUGACAUAGAUAUUUGAUUUUCCCAGCAUAUGAUGACAGCGUUUAUGUUAAUUUUUUGAAAUCCUUAAAAAGGAUGUAAAAAUAUCUUACGCGCAUAGUCAAACGAACAAAUUCAUUUACUUCAUUCUUUUUACAUUCGUUCACCCAAACUUAUUAUUCGAUAACAAUGAUGAUGUUUAUUCAUAAUUCAAAGCAUUUUUCGUAUCGGUUCGUAAAGAGAGCAGUAAAGCGAUGUAUCGGAUGUGUACAGUUGAGUCAGUUCUAUAAUAAUUAGAAUUUUACGAUAACGAGAUAAAUAACAGAAACAUAAUUAUGAAAUUACGUAACUUGUAAUGAUCGUAUUACUGUAAAUAAUAGUAACUUAAUUGUCUGUUUCAAAGUGAAGUCGGGAAAAAAAUGUUGGACUUAGUUUAAUCAAUUAUUUUUCUACUCCGCAGUAUUCCGUCUAUAUCCAGGCACACAUACACAACAAACACACACACACACAAAUACGCAAGCAUGCAGCCACAGACCACACACCGGAACAUGCUUACUGCGGUACAUUGUAAGCUACUAUCAAUUAACUGGGUAGAAUUUAUUUAAACUUUCUUCUUUGUUGUCAAGUGGAAAAAAAAUCAUGGUAGAUAGUAUCUAUACGGCUAUUUUCAACUUUGGCAUACGUACACACCUGCACAUUAACAACACGCGAUUAUUACGCUUUGAUCUCAUUUAACAACAUACGAGUGUUUCAUUUGCAUUGCAUAUAAUAAUCUAUAUAUGGAUACAUAUAUUACGCAUGUAUAUAUAUAUAUAAUAUAUAUAGAUUGUUACAUAUAAUGGAUACAUCCAUAUAUAUAUAUACACAUAUGUAUAUAUAUAUAUAUUUUCAUACUCUUAAAUAAAAAUUUUAAACACAGAAAGUAUUACGCAGCGUUCAAUAGACGAGUAUAAUGGUGCUGCCGCCUUAAAGAAAUCCGAUAUCCGUUUUAUUUGAACAAUUUUCAUAUAAUUUAAUCAUGCUUCUCAGAGUCUUCUAUAAUCUGAACAAGAUUGUAAAACGCUUUCCAAAUUUUGCAGGCCAAUUUUCUGGGUAGUGUUUCAGUAACUGUUGUCGCCAGGAUAGGAUUUAGGUAUACGAUUAAUCAAGUUUUGAUUACGGAUGAAUUUUCGAAAUUUACCACGUACAGAAAAAAAAAAAAACAAUGUUCCACUUUUCACGCAUAAAUACUGUCCGAAAUAUUUGUUAUUUACCUUAUUUGGGCUCACAGUUUACUAUGGCUAGAAAUUUAUCGUUGCAGCGAUUCGAUUAUGCUUGUCUAUUGUUCGCAAAAAUAUUCUAUGUUCUUGAAAGGCUCGUGUGCAGAUUUAUAAAUUCCACACACGAAGCUCGCCGCACGACUGCCGUUAUAAUAUGCUAAGAACAUCAGUGGCACGCAAUGUUGUAAUGAAUUAAUGAUUGGGUUGAUUGUUUUCACAUAUGUAUAAUACAUAUUAUGUAUAAAUCAUAGAGCUAAGGCAGGUCGCUAUUUCGACGGAGAUCUCAAUGACCCGAAUUCACACCUUGCUCGGCGUUUAGUAUUAUCUUAUUAUAAAAUCUACAAAAUAAACUUAGGCCUUCGAAAUAGAAGAGGAGAAUAUUUAAAAAAAUGGAAUGAAGUGGAAUGGAAACCAAAGUCAAAAAUUUGCCUAAUAAAUUGUGCACAAUGCGCGCGUACGAAAAUAUACGCACGCACUCAAUCUAUAAACUCGUAUGGAAUUAUAUCCUAUCGAUGAUUUAAAAAGUACUUCGUUCUACUUCGUAUGUAUUAUCAUGCUAAAGUUAAUAGAGACCACGAUUACUAAACCCUUUUCAAAUAGUCGUCACGUUUUUGUGACCCGUAUUUUCGGAAAGCAUGAUUUUAAAAUGAUCUAGUUCCUUUUGUUUCACCCCCCCCCCCCCCUCUCUCUCUCUCUCUCUCUACCUCUAUCUCUAUCUCUUUAAGUAAAAGAAAAAUUAAAAAAAGAAAAACAAAAAACACAAAUGCUUUCACUGGUGAAAGCGAAGAUGGGACUUUGGGUCACUGCAGUCUAUCUCAUUUUUGAAUCGGAGGAAGAUACGCGUGCCUGAGGGCGAAUACGCUUUCAAUAUGUAAGGAAUGAAACGAAACAGAUGCAAAAAGAAAAUACACGCAUAUAUAUUUCAAAAAUUAUUAACAGUUUUUUUUUUUUUCUUCAAUUAUUUUUUGUCCUUUUGACAAACAAAGCAGACGGUAAUCUGACGAAUUUUCUCGCGAGGUGUGAUUUUUGCGAAUUGAUUCGGGGUUUGUCCGAUUAGCCAUAAUGUGUAAACCUCCUCAUAUACAACUAAUUACAUAAGUCAGGAUAUAGUUUGUUAUAUGGUUAAUUAUAUUUGUUGUAUAAUCCGCAAUGAUGUUUGAUGCGAGCUAAAGCCAGGAAAGUAUAUAAUAAUAAUAAUGAUAAAUAAUAAUGAAUAAUAAUAAUAAUAAUAACAACAACAACAAAAACAACAACAAUAAUAAUAAUAACGAAAGACUAUCCAAGGUUUAGCGAUAUAUACACACCUAUAACUUACUUUGGAAUCGUUAAUACCGUAAAAUAAAGCCAACUGCUCUUCUAUUUAUUUAUUUAUGUGACAAAUUACGGCAGACAAUGUUAGAGAAUUUGAUAAUUGAAAUGUGAGAUAUUGGAAGGUAGUAAAGUUGAACGAAAAGGAAAAAAGAGGAUUGACAAAAGUUUAGACUAUGACGCUUUCUCGCACUAGGGAAACAGUAAACAAUAAAACAUAAAAACAAUAGAAUGAAAAAAAAAAAAAAACAUUUCAAAAUACUAAAGAGGAAAGAAAAAAAAGUAAACUAAAUAUUAUGAACUAGGUGUGACAAAAGAAUAAAGUGAUGACAGAGGAACUACAGAAUGUAUCGUGACUGACAGCAGAUAACAAAUAUGUGAGAGAACGAGGAAAAUUCUUCCCUCGUCUUUUUUGAUUUAUCACACCUUGUAAAUUUACAUACUUAAUUACCUACAACUAACCUUAUGAUAAUUAAAAACGAUUCUUUUUAUAAUUAUCCUCCACUAUAUGUGUUUGGAAAGAAAGAAAAAAAAAAAAAAAAUUUUAGUAAUAAUAAUUUUAACGAUUUUGGUUAUUCUGAAGCAAAACUAAACAUUCCCGAUAUAGCAUCAUAAUAUUAUUUCAGUUUCAGUUUGCAUUUUGAUUACAGUGGGGAGUGAAUGACACCUUGAAAUUAAUUGGCCUACGUUAUAACUAAAGGUUCUUGGUAUACUGUAAUACCUACGCACCUAGAUGCGUGUACGUGCAAACUUCCAGUUAAUGAAACUUUAGCUUGUAACUUGGACCAAUUUUGCCAAAAUAUCAAGUUGACAAAAUCCUUACACCAUCUAUUGUAUAUUCUCAAAAAAGCGUGAAAAAACAAAACCAACAGAAAUUUAGAAUCUUGGAGUUACUUAAUUCGUUUACUUGUACGUCAAGCGAUUAAUUAUUACUGUAUCCAACAAAAUGAAACAAAA